UGGACAUCAGAAGUUUCACUGUGGAAAUAUAUUAUAUAUAUAUAUUACCAGUUACUCUUUCCACAGCAGAAUAAAUGGAUAAAACUUGUGCUGACAGAAGUGUAACAUGAGGAAAAGGCCACGGUGACCACUGGGUAGAACACAAAUAAAAUGCAAAUGAGACCUUCUCUUUGCUUGCAUGAAGUGUAACUUUGAUCUGCUCACUAACUCUACAUGCUUGCUUUGCACAGAAGGAGAGGAGGAGGAAGAGGAGGUAGAGGAGGAGGAAGAGGAAGUAGAGGAGGAGGAAGAGGAGGUAGAGGAGGAGGAGGAGGAGGAGGAGAAAGAGGAGGAGGAGGAGGAGAAAGAGGAGGAGGAGGAGGAGGUGAAAGAUGCUGGAGAAGAUAAUGAAGGAGAAGACGCAAAGCCCAAGCAAAAGGCUGGAUUCAUGGCCGGUUUGGCAGCUCCCAAGAUCCCAGAUGGUGAAAAAGUGGACUUUGAUGACAUUCACAGGAAACGAAUGGAAAAGGACCUCAUAGAGCUCCAGAGUCUGAUCGAAGCUCACUUUGAGAAGCGAAAGAAGGAGGAAGAAGAGCUUCUGAACCUCACAGAUCGUAUUGAGAAACGCAGGUCUGAGAGAGCAGAGCAGAUGAAGAUCAGAGCAGAGAGAGAAAGAGAACGGCAGAACAGAUUAGCUGAAGAGAAAACAAGAAAAGAAGAAGAAGAAGCCAAGAAGAAAGCAGAUGAUGAUGCAAGGAAGAAGAUGAUCCUGUCCAACCUGAGCUUCACUGGAUACAAGACGCAGACUGGGGCAAAAAGACAAACAGAGAGAGAAAAGAAGAGGAAGAUCCUCAACGAUCGACGCAAGGAGCUAAACAUUGAUCACCUGAAAGAGGAAAAACUCAAGGAGAAAGCUAAGGAAAUGUGGGAAUGGAUGCGCCAGCUAGAGGCAGAGAAGUUUGACCUUCAGGAUAAGUUCACGAAGCAGAAGUAUGAGAUCACUGUGCUGAGGAAUCGGGUCACUGACCAUCAGAAAAUUUCAAAAGGUACGAGGAGCAAGAGGGGCCUCAGGAAGUAACAUCUGCCACCGACUGGAGGAAAACUGUCAGGAUCAGGCCUCCAUGAGUUACUGAGAGUAAUCUAAACUGCAUAAUAAUGCUUUCUAACUACUUGAAUAUGCAAGAACAAAACGACAUACUCUUAAAAAUGUCACCUGUGUGGACGUCUAACAGGUUGUGAUAUCUGACCGAUCGACGAUAUUUACUUAACCUUGUGUAACCUUUUCAGUUCAACCUAAAUUCAUCUAACUUUUGGAAUAGUUAAAGAUUUAAGAGUUAAGAUUAUUAGGUUCUUGUGUGUCGGAUUUUGUGUUUGCAAUGAAUAAUAAAAAAUGACUUUCAGAUAAA